AUGCAGCAGGCAAAAUCCCACCUCCAAAAGCUCUGGGAGGAAAAAUGGGAAGCCGCACUUUUCAAAUAUGAAAAAGAGGCCUUUGAGCAGGAGGAGUGGUGCUCCCGGCGCCUCCUUGCGAACCAGGCUGCCCACAGCCAAACGCCUAUGCAGCACCUGUGUACACAAACGGGGCGCAUAGUAGAGUCGGCAAAGGAAAUGGCUGAAGUAGCAAAGUGCUACUAUGAGGGGUUAUAUAAAGACCCAACGUCAAAGAGCACUCUCAGAGCGAGAACAUGCGAGCAACCGCUUAAGGUGGGACUGAAAGAGGUGGCAGACGUGGUAAAAACGCUCAGAAACAGGAAAUCCCCAGGUCCAGAUGGCAUCUCUGGAGAAUUCUUUAAGAAAUACUGGAACUUGAUUGGGUCCACCUUAGUCAAAUCCGUUAACCACGCCUUCCAGACUGGGCGCUUUCCAAAAGAAUUUGUUAAAGGGCAAGUGUUCCAUCCUAACAGUUUGCAAUACAAGAGUACCGGUGGCAAGGCACCCAGGAAGCAGCUGGCCACCAAGGAGGCAAGGAAGAGCGCGCCGGCCACGGGAGGCGUCAAGAAUCCUCACAGGUACAGGCCCGGCACGGUCGCCCUGCGUGAAAUCCGCCGUUACCAGAAGUCCACGGAGCUGCUCAUCCGCAAGCUGCCCUUCCAGCGCCUGGUCCACAAAAUCGCCCAGGAUUUCACGACGGACCUGCGCUUCCAGAGCUCCGCCGUGAUGGCACUGCAGGAGGCCAGCGAAGCCUACCUUGUCGGCCUGUUCGAGUACACGAACCUGUCAGAGGUAGCAGCUAUGUCAGGCAGAGGAAAAGGUGGCAAGGGUCUCGGCAAAGGAGGAGCCAAGCAUCAUCGCAAGGUUCUUCGGGACAACAUCCAGGGCAUCACCAAGCCUGCUAUAUGCCGUCUGGCUCGCCGCGGUGGCGUGAAGCGCAUCUCUGGACUCAUCUACGAGGAGACCCGCGGAGUGCUCAAGGUAUUCCUGGAGAACGUCAUCCGCGACGCUGUGACUUACACCGAGCACGCCAAGCGCAAAACGGUGACUGCGAUGGACGUCGUGUACGCCCUCAAGCGCCAGGGCCGCACCCUCUACGGCUUCCGUGGCUAA